AUGCCUGAUGGAUCUCUGAGGCAGAAAAGAGGGCCUACAUUUGACACAUUACGACGCGAGAACAGGUUCAAGCACCCUCCAACCGAUGGCGCGGCAUACGAUAUCCUAAACGAGUUCGUAACGCCUCACAUCGAAUCAUUCAACGCGCUUUUCGACGACUCUGGACUACCUACUGGCGACGGGGACGGUAAAGGCCUGCUGAGUCUCGCAUUGGACGACAUCGGACCCCGCGUCGUGUUCGAUGGAAACGGCCAAGCAAAUUCCGAGAGCGGACCGAGAGGCUGGGGCAAUCGCUCGAGCAUUACAAUCGAAAAGGUCACAAUCGCGAGACCAAUGGUUCCGGACAAGGACAAAUUAGCGAUCGAGAGAAAGGUGUUUCCGUCAGAAGCUCGCGAACGGCUUACAUCGUACAGAGGGAAGAUGGAAAUUAAGAUCUGCUGGACGGAUAACCAUGGACAAAGGCAGGAGGAGACGAAGAAUUGCGGGCUGGUGCCAAUCAUGGUUCGGUCGGUUAGGUGUAACCUUCGCUCGAUGUCCUCCGCCGAGCUCGUGAAGCGCCACGAGGAGCCAGAGGAGUUUGGGGGUUAUUUCGUGAUCAACGGGAACGAACGUCUCAUUCGAUAUCUCAUCCUCCCGCGCCGAAACCACGCCAUAUCUCUCAUUCGACCGUCGUUCACAAACCGUGGCCCCUCAUAUACGCAGUAUGCCAUUCAAAUUCGCUGCGUGCGUCCAGAUCAGACCAGUGCGACGAACACUCUGCAUUACCUUGCCAACGGGAGCGCCAUGCUUCGGUUCAGCUGGCGCAAGCAAGAGUAUGUCAUCCCUAUCAUGCUCAUCCUCAAAGCACUCGUAGGGGCCUCCGACAGGGAGAUUUACGAGGGCAUCAUGAUGCAGGACUACGAAAAUACUUUCUUGUCAGAUCGUGUCGAAUUGCUGCUUCGAAGUUUCAAAACAUAUAGCUUGCAUACUGCUGAUCACUGUCUUGAAUAUCUUGGUGACAAAUUCCGCGUGGUUCUUGGUUUACCGGAAGAUAUGACGAACAAAUCACUUGGAGCGUGGUUGUUGCAGAAGAUGGUGUUUGUCCAUCUACGGAAUCCACGGGACAAAUUUAGGAUGCUACUGUUCUCGCUUCGAAAACUUUACGCCUUAGUUUCGGGCUCGUGUAGUGCGGACAAUCCCGAUUCACCUCAACAUCAAGAAGUCCUACUUCCCGGAACACUUUACGGUAUGAUCAUCAAGGAGCGGAUCGAAGAGAUCUUAAACAACGUCCGCACGAAUAUAAUUACCGAUGUCAGGAACGGUGUGGUAGUCGACUUCAAUGAUCGGCGGUACAUUAACAAGGUAUUCUCUCGGGUCAAUUUCGACAUCGGAUCCAAGCUAUCCAAUUUCCUUGCCACGGGGAAUCUCGUCUCGCCCACCGGUCUCGAUCUACAGCAAGCGUCUGGCUUUACCAUCGUCGCAGAAAAACUCAACUGGCAGCGGUACAUCAGCCAUUUCAGGUGUAUUCAUCGCGGCGCGUUCUUUGCCGAGCUCAAAACUACAACCGUUCGCAAACUGUUGCCAGAAGCAUGGGUAGGUUUCUUGUGUCCCGUCCAUACACCUGAUGGUGCGCCCUGCGGGCUUCUAAACCAUCUUUCCCGAACAUGCCGCAUCAUCACAGCUCCUCUCGCCGUUGCGGAUAUCCCUGCCCUUCUUGCAACACACGGCAUGACUCAAGCUUUCACACCAUCAAUAGACGGAAGACGCAAUUUGUGCAUCCAACUCGACGGCCGCGUCAUCGGAUGGGCCCACCCAGUUAUCGCCCAGCAGUUAGCCACGAACCUUCGGAUAUGGAAAACAGAGGGGAAGUUCGGUGUUCCUCUCGAUCUGGAGAUCGGGUUGGUCCCCGAGUCGAAAGGUGGGCAGUAUCCAGGGAUGUUCUUGUUUUCUUCACGAUCGCGGAUGAUGCGACCUGUGAAGUACCUGGCGAACGGCAAAGAUGAUAUGGUCGGAACCUUCGAGCAGGUGUAUAUGAACAUUGCAUGUACGCCCGAAGAAAUCGAAGCGAAUACAUCUACUCAUGUCGAACACGAGCCCACAAAUUUCUUGUCUAUCUUGGCCAAUCUGACCCCGUUCUCCGACUUCAACCAAAGUCCACGGAAUAUCUACCAGUGUCAAAUGGGUAAACAAUCGAUGGGGACGCCUUCGACCGCUAUAAGGCAUCGAACCGACAACAAAUUGUACAGGUUGCAGACCGGACAAAGUCCUGUCGUCCGCCCCGCCCUCCAUAACACAUACGCCAUGGAUUCUUAUCCAAACGGCACCAACGCCAUCGUCGCCGUUAUUUCGUACACAGGGUAUGACAUGGAAGACGCCAUGAUCCUGAACAAGUCAGCACACGAACGUGGAUUUGCGUACGGCACCGUCUACAAGUCCCAAAUAAUUGACCUUAAGGAUGAACGCGGGGCAGUGAAGAAUGCCGCUGUGCCUACGCUGCAUUUCGGAUUAGGUCGCGACAUACGGCAAGACGGUGAUCGACAACACACUUGCUGCCAAUUCCUCGACCGCGAUGGUUUACCAUUCAUUGGGGCUCACCUACGGUCUGGCGACCCCAUUGCUGCGUAUAUCGAUGAUACGACUGGCCGUACACGAUUUGUGAAGUACAAAGGUGAUGAGAUGGCGUUUGUCGAUGAAGUUCGACUACUAGGCAGUGAUGCCGGCGAUAGCGAGCUUCAGAAACUUCAUAUUUCGUUACGCAUAGCUCGAGCGCCCGUUAUUGGAGACAAGUUCUCGUCCCGGCAUGGGCAGAAGGGUGUUUGUUCGCAGAAAUGGCCCAUGGUUGAUAUGCCGUUCACAGAGAGCGGCAUGCAACCGGAUGUGAUCAUUAACCCCCAUGCUUUUCCCAGUCGAAUGACGAUCGGCAUGCUGGUAGAAAGCAUGGCAGGAAAGGCGGGAGCGAUGCACGGACUUGCUCAAGAUGCCACGCCUUUCAAGUUCUCUGAAGAAGAUACUGCCGUCGACUACUUCGGCGAGCAACUCUUGGCCUCUGGCUAUAAUUAUUAUGGAAACGAGCCCAUGUAUUCUGGGAUUACCGGCCAAGAGUUCGCGGCGGACAUCUACAUUGGCGUCGUGUACUAUCAACGUCUGCGACACAUGGUCCUUGACAAGUUCCAAGUGCGUACGACCGGCCCUGUCGAUCCCCUCACCCGACAGCCCGUAAAAGGGAGGAAACGCGCUGGCGGUAUUCGUUUCGGAGAGAUGGAACGUGAUGCCCUGAUUGCUCACGGAACGUCGUUUUUGCUUCAAGACCGUUUGAUGAACUGUUCAGACUACUCGACCGCCUGGGUAUGCCGCACAUGUGGGAGUCUGAUAUCACUUGGCUACGAAGAUGUUAGCCUCGGGAAAGCGAUGAUGGGCAACACUUCCAUCAAUCCUUCUGGACCUGGGGGCGAGUACUGCCGCACUUGCCGCGCUGCUGCAGAAGAGCAGGAGGAAAUAGAACGAAGACAAUUCAAAAACGGUGGGAGCCAACAAACGCCCCAGGCUGAUGUCCGUGUUGCCAUCUCGUCCCAAAACUAUCUUGGGAGGGCCUCUCAAAAAGGCGACCUGGAUGUUGUCGCCAUCCCAUUCGUCUUCCGGUACCUCUGUGCCGAACUAGCUGCAAUGGGAAUAUCUGUAUCUCUUGAAGUCGCGUAA